CUACCACCGACGUGGUACCAACAGUACUAUUCAUUAAUCUUGGUCUAUUAUGAUGCUUUACAAACGCUAUUCCAAUAUCUUUGUCGGUGCAUGUCUUUGUACAAUUUUAUUCUUUUUUUGGUUUUCCGGUAUUUUCACAGAAUCUCUAUUUACAUCAAAAACUUCUCCGGUUGAGCGUCCUCCGGGGCCAAUUUACAAAGACCUCUCAUCCAUUAUAAAGAGACCCCCGAUAAAAGAUAACUUUCCCCUUGCAGAGUUGUCAGCAAGGCGGAGUGACUUCCCAGGAAUCCCCUCUUGGAAUAGACCCCCUUCACCCCACGUAAACGAGUCGACGCCUCUGUUUAUAGGAUUUACUAGAAACUGGCCUUUGCUACAACAGGUCAUUCUGUCGUAUAUCACCUCGGGCUGGCCGCCAGAGGAUAUCUAUGUGGUGGACAAUACUGGAACUAUAAGGUCAAACCAUCCUCCUGGCCAGCUGACACUUCAAAAUCCAUUCUAUCUUAAUAUGCAACGUCUCACGGAGGUUUUUGGUGUUAAUGCUAUUUACACACCUACUCUUUUCACCUUUGCACAACUUCAAAACUUUUAUAUCUUCACUGCAUUGGAGCGUGGUUGGGAUUACUUUUGGUGGAGUCAUAGUAUGUAUACUUCUAACAGUUCUUUAAUAUUUCAAGUUGUUUUAGAUAGUGAAUAUAUUCGCAAUGUCUAUUGCUUUUUUAUUUUACAGUGACAAAUCCUGAACUUAUACUUUAUAGUGGACGUUGUUGCCCUCACCGAGGAGAAAUACGAAGAGACACCAUUCAAAUCACUCUACAUGCGGGCUGUCGACAAGCUCCAAGAAGCGUCCUCUCCCGACUAUCUCCUCAAUACGGAAACAGGGGAAAAGACAGAAUGGGCAAUCCAAUUCUUCUCAUACGAUUGGCUAGCACUCAACAAUGUGAAGACUUUUAUGAAGUACGGUGCAUACGAUCCAUUUAUCAGCUACUAUAAAGCCGAUUGCGACUUAAUAGAGCGAUUCCGUAUGUCUGGAGUAAGAAUGCCUAUAGCAGAUGCGGGACGAAUAAUCGAUGUGGGAGACUCGAUUGAUCUCAAUCUUUUUUUCCGGCGAAAGAUCGACCCAGCGAACCCGCCAAGGAGCUUGGCAGAGUUAGCGGAACUGCCGGAGGAUGAUAGAGGUGGGAAGGGCUUUGAAUACUUAUUAGAAGUCCUUGCGAAUCAAACCGAGAAUAAGUUGCAUGGAAAGGAAGUGCGGAAUUCUUGGCAGUAUAAACAGCAAGGUGGAGAAGGAGAGCCCUUUUACAGGGAUCCGGAGGGAUUUGAGGCAGGUUUGCAGAUAGCGAUUGAGGCCGGUGUUCAGACUUAUCAGGAGAAAUGGGGUCAUAAGGAGUGUGGUUUACUUGACGCAGGGUUGAAACUCACUGAUGCAUGGAAAGUAGAGCAUGAUUGGAUUGAAAAACCCUCUUCAACUUGAUAGAAUUAGAUUCUUGGAUUUUGGACUUUGAUGAAAUUACUAUUGAUGAUAUUAAACCACUACUUCCGUAACGAG